AUGCAUGGACCUUUACUCAACCCAAACCAGAUGCCCUAUUUGACCAAGGCGAUCUCACCUUUGGGUGAGUCUGACGGACUGGAUCCAGGCCUCCACCAAGCAAUGACCCUGGAUCAAUUCUACUACGCGACCCUCGAGAAUAGCAUGGCGAGAGAUAUUGAUCAAGUUGUGGUUCGGUGGGCCGAGGACCUCAACCACAAAAUCCAACAGCCGAAGAAAGACGCCAUGACUCGGGAAAACGAACGCAAGGAGCGUGAGAAACAUCUUCGCGAACCAGGGAAACAAAUUCUGGCUGUCGACCAGAUCUGGAUUCGUAUCCUCGACAACAAGACCAUCCUCACCAGCUGUACAAACCCAGCAGACCCGACUGAAGCGAGACUCCCAGAGCGGAUUCGUCGGUUUAUCCAGCUGAAUGACGAAAAAGAAGAGUUCCAGCGGCCCAGGACAGCAAAAGCCAUGGCUGAGAUUGUGCUUAGUAUUAUGACCACGUUGAUCCUUGAUCAGAAGUUCUUCCGAAGUCGCCGGGAAACGGACCAGCAGAGGACCAAAGGCAAGAAUGUCCUUGAAAUAUUCCAGGAGUCAGUUCGAGAUUUAAUGAACAAGGAGGCCACUCUCUACCAGAGCUUCUUAACGACCCUUGAGGACGAGUCGCACACGCACGAGCACACCGGAUUUAUUCGCGAUCUCCCGAAAAACCCCUACCAUGUUAUCGAUGACGAAGUCCACCUACUACGCGAAGCGAAGGAUAUAUGUGAUGAGCUCAACAUCCUCGAGACGGUGCUUGAAGGCCAGCAGCAGGUGUGGCAACAGACCUUCGAGACCCAGGACCUCGACACCUUCACGGGUUAUCAAUAUAGCCACCCGAUGAAUCCCACGCGCAUGUUGUGCGAGAUCCAGCGCAUCGUCGACGAGGCGACUGCCGUCCAGGAAUCAAUCAAUGCUCUUCUGGAGCUACGUCAGCAGCAGGCCGGUAUCAAGGAAGCCGAGUUCGGAAGAUGGCAAGCAAACGACACAGCCAAGCAGGCCAACAUCUCCCUAAUCUUUACGGUGGUGGCUAUUCUCUUCGUACGUGUCCCAUAUCCCCGGAUCUUUUACUUCUUUCUACCGGAGCAAAACACGGUGUAUUGA